AUGGAGCCCACAAAGAAAGUGGAAGCACAAGCAUUAUUUGACUAUGAUCGACAACAUUUUGAUGAGUUAUCAUUCAAAACUGGAGAAAUAAUUAAAGUUUUGAAACAAAUUGAGGGAGGGUGGUGGCAUGGCGAGUUAAAUGGAACACAGGGCUGGUUCCCCAGCAAUUAUGUUCGGAAAUUAGUCUCUUCAUCUCGGUCAACUGACACCAGUCAUUUACUUAGCUUCCAGCAGGAGAUUGUUCAACACAUUCUUGAAGGAGAAUCAAAACAGAUAUCUGAUUUGAAUGCACUUAGUAAGCUUUUGCAACCAAUUGCUGAAACGUUAUCCAAGUUUCCAUUUUUGACCAGAAUAUCAGCAUUCUUAGACAAGGUGGCACAGAUCAUCCGACUUCAUGAAAAUAUAGUGAAAGUUCUCGAGAAGAUGAAACCACUUUCGAAUCCCAAGUUUGUUGGGAAGUUAUUCCUUGACUUCGCAGAAAGUAUGGACCAAUUAUCUGGGGAAUAUACUCGUUUAUGCUCUUACAUUGAAUUCGGUUUACAAGAUAAUGUAACCGCAAUUCCAGUAGCUGUUGGGCCAGCAGGUCAAGAAUUGUAUUCGGCGAAAACCAAGGCACUUUUUGCAUGUGUUUUCGAUCGACUCUCAAGAUAUUCUAUUCUUUUGAAGGAGACUGAACGGUACUACGAGGACCCACAUCCAGAUAGAGCAGCAAUCUGCAAGGCUGUGCAGGUCUAUUCAGAAAUUUUGGCGCGUAGCAACCUUCUACGAAGUCUACGAGAGGUGGAUAUUGAAGUCCUCUCAUCAGACAUUCGUGGUCUUCCUGAUCAGACUCGUCUUCAGAUCGGUGAUCCUACUCUGACUCUGAAAGCCAACAUUUGCGUUCUCGACGCGGAAAACCACUUCGUCAUCGACAACACCAAACCCCAGGCCACUAUCCUCCUCUAUUCCAACUUCCUCAUCGUCCUCUCACUUUCUGCACCUCGUGUCUAUCAGUUUAGGAUGCAUGUUCCAAUCUCAAACGUCGCGGUAAUUGCCUCACCACAGAAUGAAAAUGUCCUGAGCCUCAAAAUUAUCGGUGCUGGAGCGCAACCUGAAGAGCACAACCUACACCUCUGGUGCACUGGAGUGUGUACCCGCGAUCUCUUCUUCUCUACCAUCUCCGAAUUCAUCCGAAACUCCACGGUUAGUAUGAGCACUACCCUCGUUCGUUCCCCAUUCACAAAUGACGGCAACGCAGUACUUCGUCAACGCAGCGUGGGACGCACUCCAACGAACAACAAUAUUCCUCCUGAGCCAACUAUGCGCCGUCGAUCUGGCAGUUGCCGUUCAGCCGCAGGUGGGGGUGGCGGCAGUCACGACGACAGUUGUGCUCCAAACUGCGGAGCCAACCAUACAUUCGCCCUACGACCUUCCCAUUCGGGUCCCCUUUGCGGUCCUGAGGCAGGUGAGGAACUGGCUACAAUGCCAGGUGGUGAUAUUGAGCUUCAAGAACCCCCGAAAACCAAUACCAUGGCUGUCACUGACCUCACCAAUCUCCCUGGAUGCAGGUUUCUCCCUCAUGAAGCAAAGUCCAGGGCUCUUGUCAAGUGGCCUGAGGAUAUACUUACGCUAUCCAAACGCCAGGAGUCCUUACUUACCGAAAGCGCGUUUCAGCGCAUUCCCCUUUCUCCGAAUUUAACACAACAGCAAGGCGACGAGGUUCUUACUCAUCUUCGUUUGGAUCGAGCUCCACUGCAGACCUACGCCUCUCUCCUCUCUGGUGGAGGAGAUGCGAACUCUCGUUCCGGUAUUCGGACUCCGGCGGCUACAAAUCGGGGUCCGAGACCGGCUUCACCAGGUCGAUCAGGCGGAAUGGUUGGCGAAAGUGGCGGAAAAGGAGUUGCAGCCAAAGUCAUGCGUCGUAAACGAACCGAUCGUCAGAAGAGUGCUAUUAAUGUGGAUGAUAUUCUGCGCUCGACUGGACAUUUUCAGGAAAUCACUCAACGUAAUGAGAGAGACGCCAAAAUCCUCCAAAUCAUUGAACUCUACUGUGGCAGUGGCUUGCCACAGGGCGCUAUCAAACCACUUGACCUGACUCAAUUGCGUCUGAGCUGCACAGAGAUGAGGGUGAAAGAAAACUCCCUCCCACCUCCUUCAAAUAUCGGUGCUCCUGCUAACACAGUGCCCUCACGGACCUACGAGAACCUCGAGCACCAGUUAAUGCCCAUUCGUCCACCUCCUGUUAUUCUGCCCACCUCCGGCGCCAUGCGCAAAUAA